AUGUCUCUUGAAGAAAAACGAGAAAAAAUCAAUAAUGAAGUAUACGACACAGAAAUCGGAAAUUAUGAUAAAUCUUUGGAGCGAAAAAUCGAACGUAUUAUUGCUGUUGAUCGUUUAAAAUCAGAAGGUGGUUCUGGAGAAGUCGAUCGUAGCGCUGCCAGAUCUCAAAUUAAACGUGCAUUAACAGAUAUCAGAGUUUAUAUUUACUUUGGAAUAUUAGGAUUUGGUUCAAUUCCAUCCUUUGCUCUUAGUUUCUUUCUUCCAGUUCUAGUAAAACAACUUGGAUAUAGUGAUGUGCAAGCUCAAUUGAUGACCGUACCACCGUUUAUUUUUGCUACUAUUUGUAUGACCAUAAUUUCUUGGUUAUCAGAUAAAUAUAAAUUUCGAGCUUGGGGCAUAGUAGCUGGAGAUAUUAUGUCCAUUGUGGGAUUUGCAGGAAUUGUAGCCACGUCAGCAUUAGAUAAGAAUUUGUAUAAUUUAAGAUAUUUUUUUACGACCUUAUUGGCAUGUGGAGUAUGCACUGUGUUACCAUGUGUUUUGGCCAUUGUAUUGAAACUUCAUUUAGACCAUAUUAAUAAGAAACGUGAUUUAGACUUAUUGUCUCGUCAUAACGUUAGCUUAAAUGAUAGUGAGUUAAGGAAUAGUAAAAAGAUUAGAGAAAUGGCUAUGAAAUUAGUAGAACAUGAACCAAAGUGUGAUGAAGUGCUAUGUGAUUAUCAUCCUAAUUGGAGAUAUAUAACGUAA